UACUAUGGGUGCGCGGCCCCGCUGGUGGCUGUGCGUUUGGAGCAGCUGUCGGUCGGAUAGCUGUGGAUCCUCAUUGACACAGAGACAUGGGCUCAGUGUGAUUUUACCUUCAUUCCUCCAUAGAAUAAACCUUUUUUUUCUCCUGUAUCGGACUUUUUAGAGCUAAUCCACUGUUUUUUUGGGACUUCUUGUAGAUUUCUAUCCCAUGCGUCACCGUGAGCGUAUUUGCGCGGAGGAGCAUGCUUUUAUCACUGCCUUUGUUUGAUAUGAGACGGGAUUAAGAUAUCCAAAACCGGCCGCUUAGUAAAAGAGAGGCUAAUUCAGGAUUUAGCCUAACUUUUUUUUUUUUUACCCGGGGCAGGGAUGUCUUCGGCUCGGGUGGACUACAUUGCGCCCUGGUGGACUUACUGGCUUCAUAAUUUCCCUCAUAUCAACCUGAGGUUUCAACCCUCUGAUAACAGCUUCCAACCUGAAGAUGAGAACUACAAGCAGUCCCUCAUAUUCCUGAGCUGUGUGGCGGCUGCUGGCCUCGGCCUCAACCUGCUCUGUCUGGCCAUCUACCUGAGCAUCCUCUGCUGCUGCCGCAAAGAUGAGGACGAGGAGAGCAAGAGCCCCAAGUCGUGCUGCGUCACUUGGUCCGCUGUGGCUGCCGGCCUCAUCACAUGCGUCGCAGUGGGUGUGGGUUUCUAUGGCAACAGCGAGACCAAUGAUGGCGUGUACCAGUUGACCUACUCCCUGUACAACGCCAACCACACACUGGGAGGUGUGGACAGUCUGGUGACUGGAACCAUGAGCAGCAUGAAAAGUGGUCUCCACCAGCACCUCGCGAGGCUCGAUGAGAUCUUUGCUACACGGGGCGACUUCGUGCAGACCUUGCAGUUCAUGCAGCAGAUGGCAGACAAUGUGAUCAAACAGCUGCUGGGUCUGCCUGACUGGGAGGAGGCUAAAGUGGACCUGGCAUCUAUCGCAGAUCAAACGGGAAACAUUGAGUACUACAGGUGGCUCACGUACCUGCUGCUCCUCAUCCUGGACCUGAUCAUCUGCCUGCUGGCCUGUCUGGGUCUGGCCAAGCAGUCUCGUUGGCUGCUUACCACUAUGAUGGUGUUUGGAGUGCUGACGCUGGUCCUGAGCUGGGCGUCUCUGGGAGCUGAACUGGCCACAGCUGUGGGAACAAGUGAUUUCUGCGUGGCCCCUGACAAGUUCCUCAUGAGCCAGACAAAAGGUGCCGUCGGUGCUGAUAUUCUUCAUUACUAUCUUUACUGCAACCAGACUCUCUCCAACCCCUUCCAGCAGCCUCUGACCAUCUUCCAGAGAUCCCUGACCACCAUGCAGAUCCAGAUCCAGGGGCUGCUGCAGUUUGCUGUGCCUCUGUUUCCUACAGCCGAGGGAGACCUACAGGGUAUCCAGCAUUUGCUCAACUCCUCAGAGGCCAGCUUGCACCAGCUGACCGCCCUGCUGGACUGCAGGGGGCUCAACAAGGACUACCUGGAUGCGAUGGUGGGGGUGUGCUACGACGGGGUGGAGGGCGUGCUCUACCUCUGUCUUUUCUCCAUCCUGGCAGCCUGUGCCUUCACUGUCAUGCUGUGUGCCAUUCCCAGGGCUUGGAGACAAAUUGCCUGCAGGGAAAGAGAUUAUGACGACAUCGAUGAGGAAGAUCCUUUCAACCCCCGGGCCCGAAGGAUAGGCUCCCAGAACCCAAACCACACCAACAUGCACAGUUUCUGCAGCUACAGCAGCAGCAUGGGCAGCCAGAACAGCCUCCACCCGCCCGCCCCGGCCGUGUCCAACGCCCCCAUGUCCGAGUACAUGAACCAGACGGCCCUGUUCGGAGGAAACCCACGGUACGAGAACGUUCCUCUGAUUGGCCGAGGCUCGCCACCUCCCUCGAUAUACUCUCAGCAAUAUAGAAAUCGAUACUCCCCUAGUAUGAGGGCUACCUAUCUGUCCAUGACUGAGGACCAGAGAAGACACUUUGGGAAUGACUUCCAAGCAUAGACUGUGUCGGAGAGAAGCAGCAUCCAGUUGUACUCACAUGUGUGGAUGGUCCAAACGUCACGGAGAACAGUGGAACAUCAUUAGCCUGUGCAGACUCAGGACAAUGGAACCAUACCUGUGCUGUUCUUCACGUGAUACACUCAUAAAUGAUUAAUCCCAUCUUUUUGCCCCAAGCCACUGGUUGGGGAACUUGCUUAACAGUGUUGACAUGCUGUCAAAUUUAACUUAACUCCUAAUCCUACUUGUAUUCCUUUGCUCUGUGACACAAGCUUUGAAACACACUGAAAAAUGAAGAUAUACUGUAACAAACUGUGUGACACAAUUUAGCUCCGGAUCAGCCUUGUUUUCACGCUGUGUCAUGUAUUUGAGAGGCUCUGAAGGGAAAAUGGAUUUGUCACUUGUGAAAAAUGGAGAUGAAAAGGGUGAUUAAUAGUUUUGAUUAAACAGGUAAAUAGUGAGUUAAGAUGGAGAUCAAUUGAAGCAAGUUCCCAGUAAAGAGAAAACUCAAAAGGAUUAAUUCUGUGAAGGAUGGAACCCCUCAAAGCUUAUAAUCGAAUUACUACUGCUUUCAAGAACAGAUGUACUUUCAGGUCUCCAAAGAGUAAAAUGUGAACACGACAACUGAUGCCAUAUUUUUUAUGUUUUACGCUUCAUGCUUGAUAUUUGUGAAGCACAAACCCAGCACUAGCAGCACACAGGACAAGGUGUUGUUGACAUAUAACUUAUUUACAUUUUAAUACACAGACACACUUACAGUGUGAAGCUUUAUGUUUCUAAAUAUCCUGUGGUAAUCUCCUGAGAUGAGACUACCAUUAGAACAUGGCUUCUGUAAAUACAAUGUACAUUAACAAACCAGUGUCUCAUUUAGAUGUGGUCUAUUUUGAUUUUGUUCCAAACAAUGUGCCAUUUUUAUAUAUUUUUUCUAGUUUUUUGUGGCUCACCAUUCUUUUUGUAUUUCUUUAAAAGGGCCUUUAUGAUAACUGAGACAUGAUUUCUACAUAUCUAACUUAACUAAUGUAAGGUGUCAUUUUUGCCAGCAUUUGCCAUAUGAUUAGGAAUUAGCAACAACAUUCAGGUAAUUAUUUUCAUCACUUUACCGCAGUAUUGACUAAUACAUUCUCGUUAGGGGUACAUGCAGUUUUCCUUUAAAAAUUCAUUUAAUUCAUUCAUCAGCAUGUUACACUGUACAGCCACUGGGGUGGUACAUUUUAUUUUAUUUUAUUUUUUGACUGUCCCCAGAUUUUGGGAUGAAAAUGUGAGUUGAAUAAACCUGUUUUGAAUAAAA